AUGCUUUCCCACCCUACAUCCCCUCAUUCCCCCCCCCCCGCGCCCCCUCCUUUUUCCCCCUGCAUCCCCUCCUUUCCCCACCUGUAUUCCCUCCUUCCCGUGCUUGAUCUCAUUCCCCCCCUUGCACGCUCUCUAAUACCCCCCUGCUUCCACACAUUCCCCCCCUUUCUCACCCUCAUUAUUCCCCCCUCCUCUGUCUCAUUCCCCCCCUCAUCUCUCCUCCCCAGCCUCAUCUCUCCUCCCCAGCCCCAUCCCUCCUCCCAAGCCCCAUCCCUCCUCCCCAGCCCCAUCCCUCCUCCCCAGCCUCAUCCCUCCUCUCUUUUCCCCCCUUCUCCUCUCAUUUCCCCCGCUUCUCCCUCUCAAUUCCCCCCCUGCUCCCGCUCAUUUCCCCCCCUUCUCCUCUCAUUUCCCCCGCAUCUCCCUCUAUUACCCCCCUUUUCUCCCUCUCAUUACUCCCCCUCUUCUCCCGCUCAUUUCCCCCCCUUCUCCCACUCAUUUCCCCCCCUUCUCCCGCUCAUUUCCCCCCCUGCUCCCGCUCAUUCCCCCCCCUUCUCCUCUCAUUUCCCCCGCAUCUCCCUCUAUUACCCCCCUUUUCUCCCUCUCAUUACCCCCCCUCUUCUCCUGCUCAUUUCCCCCCCUUCUCCCACUCAUUUCCCCCCCUUCUUCCGCUCAUUUCCCCCCCUGCUCCCGCUCAUUUCCCCCCCUUCUCCUCUCAUUUCCCCCCCAUCUCCCUCUAUUACCCCCCUUUUCUCCCUCUCAUUUUCUCCCUCUUCCCUGUUUCCCCUCUUUCCUGUUUCCCCUCUUCCCUGUUUCCCCUCUUCCCUGUUUCCCUGUUUCCCCUCUUCCCUGUUUUCCCUCUUCCCUGUUUCCCUGUUUUCCCUCUUCCCUGUUUCCCCUCUUCCCUCUCUCCCCUCUUCCCUCCUUUCCCUCUCCCCCUCAUCAUAUCUCUUCCUUUCUCUCUCCCCCCUCUUCUCCUUUCCCUCUCCCACCUCUUACUAUCUACUGCAUCAUUGA